GUUAUCUCUUUAUAACCCAUUUUUGAUUACAAUUGUUGUGCGUGCAAAUAAGGUUUGUUCUAAGCGAUCCGAUUAGGACAGAGCUUGAAAACCUCAGAGUCUUCCAGUGUCAUGUCGGAGGCGAGUGCUUGAGCACCGGUGAAUUUUAAAUCUUGAGCCCCUCCUUAUUGAGCCGACCUUACCAGUUCCCGUUUACCUCACUGGUAGUAAAUUACGAUCAGCAUGUUGUUUUGUUGAAAUACCUGUGGAGCAACAUAAAGCAAAUUAACCAUGAUCCGAUCUUUUGUUUGGAACGGUAACAGUCUCGCAUUGUUGCGUGCACGUCUGUCAACGUUCCACUGGUUCCACUUGCACAGGCUGGAUUGUUACGGUGGCCGUUACCAUGGCGUUUGGUGUUACCAUGCGCGUACACUACCGCUACAAUUUAUUGUGUCUCAAGGAAAGAAAUGAACAAUGACCAUAGUUGACAAACCAUUAGAGAAAUCUGACCUCGAGUCAGUGCGGGGGAAUCGGUCCGGCGCGAUGGCCUCCUUCUCCUCCGGGGACAUGGACGGGAGCUGCUCCAGCUGGGGAGGGAGCUCCUCCACCUCCGACCUACCCAGGGCCAAGACCCCCUGCAUGGGCCCCACCCCUGGAGCUACCCUGUACAGCGCUGCCGCUACAACCACAACCACCACCACCUCCUCCACCACCCCCCUUACCACUGAGCGGCCCAAGGAGCAGGUGAUGACGACCAGUGGGGACGGCAUCGCCCUCCCUCAGAAGGUGCUGUUCCCGGCUGAGCGUCUGAACCUCAAGUGGCACCAGAUGCACCGCAUCGGAGCUGGCCUCCAGAACCUGGGCAACACCUGCUUCCUCAACUCUGCCCUGCAGUGUCUCACCUACACCGCUCCCCUGGCCAACUACAUGAUGUCCCGCGAGCAUUCCAAGACAUGUCAUGAGCCUGGGUUCUGCAUGAUGUGCACCAUGCAGAAUCACGUCACCCAGGUGUUUGCCAACUCAGGCAACGUCAUCAAGCCCAUUGGUGUUCUCAAUGACCUGAAACGGAUUGCUAAGCAUUUUCGCUUUGGGAGCCAAGAGGAUGCUCAUGAGUUCUUGCGGUACACCGUGGAUGCUAUGCAAAAGUCCUGCCUGCCUGGAAAUAAAUUGGACCGGCAGACGCAGGCGACCACUCUCAUCCAUCAGAUCUUUGGAGGGUAUUUGAGGUCUAGGGUAAAAUGCCUAAACUGCAAAGCAGUGUCUGAUACCUUUGACCCAUACCUAGAUGUUACUUUGGACAUUAAGACUGCCCCUACCAUCACUAAGGCUAUGGAGCAGUUUGUCAAGCCAGAGCAACUUGAUGGAGAGAACGCCUACAAGUGUACCAAAUGUAAGAAAAUGGUUCCAGCCUCCAAGAGAUUCACCAUCCAUCGCAGCUCUAAUGUGCUGACCAUUUCACUCAAGCGAUUUGCCAACUACAAUGGCGGCAAGAUCGCAAAGGACGUGAGGUAUGCGGAGUACCUUGACAUGCGUCCCUACAUGUCCCAGCCCCAUGGGGAUCCGCUGAUCUACAAUCUGUACGGCGUGCUCGUCCACUCCGGCUUCAGCUGCCACGCCGGCCACUACUACUGCUAUGUGAAGGGUAGUAGCGGUCAGUGGUACCAGAUGAACGACUCCUCUGUGUCUGUCAGCGACAUCCGUUCGGUUCUUAACCAGCAGGCCUACGUCCUCUUCUACAUCAGGUGUCAUGAUGUCAAGAAUGGAGGGGAGUUGUCGCCCGUGAUCCGCACCCCUCCCAGGCCCGCUAUGAGCGUUCGGGGCUUAACGGUUAACCGGCCUGCCGUACCCUCCAACGGGCCUACACGCCUGAUCAAGGUUGGCCCUCAGGUCAAUGGGCGGGCGUACCACAGUGGCUUCCGAUACGGCAGUAGCGCCGGCAGCAGCAGCAGCACUUCGACCAAAACUGGCGCCGGCCUGUCCUCCGCCUCGUCAUCUUCCUCAUCUGCGUCAUCCUCCACCUCCACCUCAACCUCCACCUGCACCUCCCACGCACCCAGCAGGCCCACGGAGAUCGCCGACCCGGACAAAAGGCAGAAAUUGUCCUUCCUCAUUGGCCAGGGCAAGAGCGUCCGCCCAGGCCUGACCCAGCCGGGUUCCUCGUCCUCCUCUGGGGUCUCCCACACUCAGCCCUCCUCUAGCGCUGCUGCCUCCUCUUCAUUCUCCACCUUGCACUCUACCUCAGACCCCUCCUCCUCUGGCUCCAAGCUCAACGGCGCCCCCCGCAGCAGCAGCAGCAGCAGCAGCAGCAGCAGCAGCAGCAGCAGCAGUGCCACCGCCGCCUCUGCCUUCCUGGUGCCCUACGGUCAGGAAUCCUCAGAGGAGUCGGACCAGGAGAGCAAUAGCGGGCUCAGGCACAACGGUCAGACAGAGGCUCACGCCAAUGCCAAGCCCGCCAACGGGAAGAGGAACGGACAUAGCAUGUCGCCGCCCCCUAAAAGGCACGCUAGCGACCCGAUGGGCAGCCAAGCCAAGACCAACGGCUCCUCCAAUGGCUAUGCUAACGACCACAAUGACAACGGCCACAAUGAUGCCAAGCCCAGCCAGAAUGGCCACCACAAAGUCAACGGCGUGAAGGUUAACGGGAAUGGUCAUGUGACCUCUCCCAACUCCUUUAACGGCCAGGAUGCUGAGUUCAGGGCCAAUCCAGGCCUCAGCAAGCCCAGCAAAAACCCUGAUGCCCCUGCUGGCAUGAGUAUGCCUCCUGUCGGCAAGAAUGGUCAUCAGUCCCCACCUCACACCUCUGGUAUCUUGCGGGACUCGGGCGAGGGUAACGCCUUCGCCCAGCUGGGCGGCCCCUCUGUCCUAUCACCGGCCUGUGAGGCUGUUGCCGAGACGCAGGAGAAGCUGCCCGAGGUGCAUGUGGACAGCCUCCUGAUGGCCAAGGAGCAGGCGCCGCGAGCCUUUGAGGUAAAGCACCCACCCCAGAACGGUUCAGGAGACUGUCCCUCGGUCUCGCAAGUGAAGGCUCCCCCCAUUGAGCCGGUGCAUGUGAACGGGCUCAACGGGCGACCAGAGGCGGGUGACUCCGAGACGGCUAAGCAUGCCAGCCGGGAUGAACGGGACGAGGACGGGGACCGACACACUCGCCCGUCCGCCUACCUCUCCAAGGACCGCGAGAGAGACCGGGAGCGCGACUCGCACCGCCGGCACUAUGACCACAACGGCGGGGGCGAGAGGGGGAAGGAACGCUAUGGUCACCGUGGCGACAGGGAGCCCCGCCCUCCCCGCCCGCGCUCUGGCAGCCGAGAACGCUACCACCGUGACUCUGACCGCUACUGGGACCGCCACAGGUCGUCCUACCACCACCGCGACCACUACCACCACCGUCACAGAUCCAAAAGUGACCGCGACCGGAGGCCUGUCGUCGGGGAGUAUAACCACCACCGAGGCUCCGGGCGCUGGGAGGACGGCUCCAGCCGCUGGCGUUGGGGAGGUGAGGAGGGGCGCGGGCGGCUGCACACCAGCGAGGAGGAGGAGGCGGAGCUCUCCAGCAGGGCCAAGCAGCCGGAGCCCCCCGCCUACAACCCCUCUGCCUCCAGCGGGCACACAGACAGGAAACGCAGCCUGGAGGACGACCAUUCAGAGGAGCGGCAGGUCAAGAAACACAAGAAGUCCAAAAAGAAAAAGAAGAACAAGGACAAGCAUAGAGGUUCAGAUCUGGACUCCCCUGAGCGGACCAGCGACGGCACCUCAGUGAAACACAAGAAAAAGAAGAAGAAAAAGAAGAGGAGGCACGAGGACGAGCAGAACCACAGGAGUUCCGGGGGCGAGGAGCGACCCAACCGCAAGCGCCGCAGCCACGAGCGAGAUCCGUCGCCGCAGGACUCCAAGCGCGCCCGCCUCGACAACCACUCUGCCCACACGCCCAGCACCCAGCACCGUCAGCUGAACGGCCACAUAGGCAAUGGCUACUCCUCUAUGUCUUCCCAGGAAGGCGAUAGCACCCAGGGAAUCUCCAAAGAUGCGAAAUGCAUGAUGGCAUCUGGUCGACUGCUGAGUCCACUGUGUGCGGGAGGAAAUGGGGAGAGGAGGAGAGCUUCAAAGAUGUCUGCCUUCGAUGUGAAUGGACAUGUGGUGUAGAAGACUCCUCUCUUCCUCUAGAUGCCCAGAUAUGGUAAACUGUCAAAAAUAAGCUUUUGAAAAAUCGAAACAAAUCUACAGCAAAAGAAUGAGAUUCUUCUAAGUGAACAUGGUGCUUUAAAUCAUUGAUGAUAUACUGUAUUUUUUAACCACACAAGAAGCACUUUUGUGUGGCUUUUAAAAAGAAAAACUUUUUUAACGGACCGCAUUGGAAUAUUUUUCCUUUUUUCUUUUUAAGUUCACUCUACAGCUGUGAACUCUACAACUCAAUAGAAGUUAUGAAUCUAGAGUUAAUAUAUACAUUCAAAAAGAAAGAAAAGACAGAAAGCCUGGAGCUUGAACAUCUUACUUGCUGCUCAGACACAGACACAGACUCAGGACACACACUCAAGGUGAGACCCCAUUCCUGUUGAGGAGGAAUCUCUUGCCCCUAACCCGCCCCCACUCCCACCCCCCUCCCCCGCUUUGGGAAUUGGGAAUUACCAGACCACCAUGUCACACAGGAGAAGAGGAACUUUAUCAAAGUGUCUCCUGGCCUCUGAUGUCACUGGACUCAUAUCUGUAGGGGAGCAUCCGGUGGGAGCGGACUCUUCUGCGAAUGCUACAUGGGCACUUAACCACAUCCUUCACCUGGACACACUUGAGGAUGUUUGCCGUGCUGCUUCUCUUCUCGGCACAGACACCUACAAUUGUCCUCCAUUAACCGGAAACUUUUUUUUAUUAUUAUUAUUAUUAUAAGUCAGCGUUAUUAAUAAAAAAAACACAAUAAUCAUGUAUCUUUAAUGUAAUUUUAAGUUCAGUUCAUUCUGUUAUGGAAAAAGAAUACUGUGAACUUUAAUUUUUUUGAACUGUACUAUCAGUUAUUUGUAUACAUAGUCCUGUAUCAGGAACAAGACACUUUCUCUCUUUUUUUUCCCUUUUUGUUUUACUUUUUUUCAUUUUGUAGUGAAGCCCCAUGGCAGAAUUUCAGACCAUGUUCAAUGGGCGUCAGGUUUGUUUGUUUUUGUUUUGAGUGUGUGUAUGUGUGUCAAUUCAAAAAGUGGAAUGGUUAUGGUAAUGUCAAAGCCUAUGUUCUACUGUAGCAUGUUAAAUUAAGUUUAUACAUUGUACAGUUCUAUAGAGGAGGAGAAAGCCUUAAAUGCAUUUGUUAAUAUUGGAAAUUGUAAGUUUUUUUUUUCUUUUUCUUUUUUCUCACUGUUUACAUGAUUUUUCUUUGUGUUUGGAGUGAAUGCUGACUGUUGAAAAUGUUUGUUUGAUGUGUGAGGGGAGAAUGUUUGGAUUUGUACAGAAUGGGCUCCCUUCUUUUUUUUUUGUUUAGAAAAACAAACAAAAAAAAUAUUUCGAUAAAUGUGACUUUUGCAAUUUUAUUGAAUGUGGCGUUUGAGAAUGUGGUCUUGUGGAGAGACCCGGCCGUUUUGACAGUAAAUACGACAGAAUACUUAAA